AUGAGCAAUGAUAUCUCCUCCCCCAGCCUGAGCGCUGUUGAUACCUUUGCGCGCGCUCUAUAUCGUCGCGCAAAGGCAUCUGGCCCAGAGUUCGCAGACGUCGCAAACAUAGUUCGUCGCCUACACACAGUCCUCAAGCACCUCAAGGUCGAGGCUGAAGACCAAGAUUCUCUCCUCAACUCAGACGCCUCGUCCGUCUACAACCGCCAGCUCGCACCCCUCGUUGAGGACUGUGACUUUGCCCUUAAACAGCUGGAGAUCGUCAUCGAAGAUUUUGGCAAGGUUGCAAACCUCGACGAGCGCGAGCGCGAGCGCAUUGCCAUAGUCCGCACCAAACUUGCAAACCAAGAGACAGCUAUCGACAUGUUUCUCGACACGGUGCAGCUGCACAAUCCCAGUAAAGCCCAGCGCGUAGUCGAUGAACAAGGUGGAAACUUGGACAACAUCAAGGACAAGGUGGAUGCCAUUGCAGCCAGAUUAUUUGCACGGAGAGAUACCGGCAAUGGGGAUGACAAAGAGGAUCUUUGGCAGCAGUUUCGCAUCGAGCUCGAAAAGGAGGGCUUCUCAAAGGAAGUGCUGCGGAAGAACAAGGAGAUCCUGCGCGCCUACAUCCGCGAGUUGGAACAUUCGACCGGCAAUGAUGCCACGGCACCACCAUCCGUCCGCGGGCUCCUCGCUCAAGAGCGUGCAUACCCCCAUCCAGCCAUGGCGGUUACACCCGCAUCCUACCCAGGUCAUGACAACUACGGAUCUGGAGAGACGUACGGUUCAUACGACGACAGAUACGCUCCGGGGGGAAGAGGCGAUCGCCGUCUGGCAGAUCAGCGCUCCGCCCCCAGCAUGCCGAAUGAAUUCAGUACUCUUUCCACUUACGAAAGGCAACAUAGGGCGGACGAUGAGCAUAACGACUCACUCGCCCUCAUCUCAACUCGCGACCUCAUGGCAAUGGAUACUCUCAACAACGGCGUGGAGAACCUUCGCAUUACCGCUGCUGAAAAUUACAGCACCUCGCCUUCGUCUACCUCGCCAGCAAACCGCUAUCUCCCACCAGAUGUGGCAGCCGCCCGUGCUGCGGCAGACUUCUCCUCCUCACCCUCCACCCUCGGCGUAUCACCACGUUUCGUACCUCCAAUGACACAUGCGAACGGCAAAGGCGGCCCUCCUUCUUCCUUUGGUGCCUCCCCUCGUACGUCUCAAAGCCGUCUCGCUCCAGACCGCUAUGGAGCGGAGAUUCCCUUUGAAGCGAAGUGGACACGCAUCCGCCGCGCCCUCAUCUCCCCUGAGAUUCUUGAGCGUGCAGGCGUACGCUACGAAGCUCGCCCAGACUAUGUCGCAGUCCUUGGAGUCCUCAGCCGCGAGGAAAUCACAAACUACGCCCGUCUUUCCGCUGAGGCCCGCGCGGCACGCUCCUCGACACGUCACGACGGCAGUGCCGCGCCGAAAAGUGCCCCGAAGCAAGGUUCACCCCGCCGCCGGCGUGGCGAUUCACACACCUCAUCCUCCGAAGAGCCACUCUGGGACUCGUCGGACAAUUCGUCAGAAGCCAGCUAUCCCGACGAGGAUAAGGGGAACAAGACAUAUUUCAUCGUACCACCCCCAUCAGAUAGGGAAAAGGGCACAUCACCCGCCGCAACUGUCCAACCAAAGCCAAUUCUCAAGAACAAGAACGAGAAUCACGUUCGCUUCGAUCCGCAGCCGCAUGAGCUUGACCCCCACGCUUCAUCUCCCCGUUCCUACCGCGAAGAUCGUGACAGGAGGAGAAGGCCCUCUCGCCGCGAGCACAGGGACUACGAGAGUAGGGACCGUGACGGUCACUACAGAGACCGCGAGCGAGAACGUGACCGAGACCGUGACCGCGAUCGCGAGAGGGAUCGCGACCGCGACGGCCACAGGGACCGCCAUCGUGAGCGGGACCAUUACCCCGGCCGUCACCAUCGCGAGCGAUCUGAUCGCGACAGGCGGGACAAGAAGAAGGCCUGGGGUGAGACGCUAGGCGCCGUGGGCAUUGGUGGUGCUGCAGCCAGUCUGCUCAGCGUCCUCACCGAGGCGGCGUCCGUACUAUGA